AUGACUGAAGCUCAGAGCUACUGCAGAGAAAACUACACAGACCUGGCCACUAUAGACAACAUGGAGGACGUGAACCUCUUGAACUCCAUGGCAGAUUUAAACAGAAUGGUCUACCCAUAUUCCCAUUUAGCCUGGAUAGGUCUGUACGACGAUGUGAACAGCUGGAGGUGGUCGCUGUCAGACAGAAGUUUCUACACACAGGAGGAGGCUGAGUUCAGGAACUGGGCCUCUGGAGAACCAGACAAUGAAUAUGGCAGCGCAUACUGCACACUGCUCGUCAGUAACGGACAGUGGAAUGAUGUACCUUGUGAUGUUCUCAAUACAGCAGUCUGCAUGGAUGUCAGAGGGUCAAAUGUCACAUUUGUCUUCAUCAACAAAACAAUGACAUGGACUGAAGCUCAGAGCUACUGCAGAGCAAACCACACAGACCUGGCCAGUGUGAGAAACAUGGAGGAAAACCAGAAGGUAACAGAGCUGCUACCUUCAGGACAAGAUGUCUGGAUCGGCCUUUUCAGAGACUCCUGGAAGUGGUCGGAUGGAAGUAACUCCUCAUUUAGGUACUGGAAUGAGGAAACAGGUGAACCUAAUAACAACUUAGGGAAGGAGGCUUGUGUGGCAGCAGACUUCAGCAGCUCUGGAAAAUGGGAGGACUGGCCUUGUAAUUGGAGGAGAGCAUUUAUCUGCUACAGUCUUUUGCCUGUCUCAAAGAAAGUGGUGAGAGUGAGGCUCAUGAAGAAAAGCUCCUCUCUGGAUCUGAAUGACCCUGCUGUGAUGGAAGACAUCUUGAGGCAGCUCAAACAGAAGCUGAAGGACAAGGGAGUGGACGGAGACGUCAAACUGAGCUGGAGGAAGCAGUCGGAUGGAAAGGUCUUCCACAAGGAAAAGGAGACUGAGAAGAAAACCACUAAGAAAAGAGAUGAACUUUAAUAUUUAUUGUCAGUUUCCAUCAAAUAUUUUCUUUCUCUUCAUCCUGUAAAAGAAUAAUGUUUUGUCAAAACAUAUUUUGCUGUUUUCUUUCUAUAAUCAAUGUGAUUAUCUCGAAUUAUACAGAUAAUUAUCAUAUGUCCUAUUUCUAUGACAUCACCUUGUUAGGAAUUUAAACUGUAAGAAUCAUCAUAUUAUUAUGAUUGCAUAGGUGAGCAGUGCUUUGAGCUAAAUGCUAAUAUCAACAUGCUUGCAAUGGAAAUGCUAAAAUACAGCUUAGAAUUGAAUUAAUAAUAAUCAGUAAUAUAACACUGCAAGACCAUGAUCUGUUCUGCAGAAUGAGUCAUGUUAUU